AUUCUAGAGACUACAUGGAAUCUGGCAUCUAUUAUUCAGUUAUUGUCCCAUUUGGUCAACCUCAAGGGGUUGACAGGCACCCACACAAUAGCGGGGACAUUGCUUUCGCUCUAGACCUUCAGACACAGUUGAUCUUGAACUGCUACCCUUGACAAAAAUGUUGAGGUUGAUAGGUUAUUUUGUCCCCAUCUUCCCAAUAACCCACUCUACCUAACCUGUAAAUUGUGACACCACCUUUGCAUCAAUAACUGUCAAUUUCCCACGACGUUUUCAAAAACUGACACGGAACCAUCAGACGAAUUAUAAUUUCCUUUAUCAAUUUCCAAUGUGGAAAAGUAUCCACCAGCACAGUCACUGAGGUAUAAAAUAACAAUAUCGAUCGCGACGUGCGUGCCUUGGCCUUUGAACCCAUUGUUGUGUCGCGGAUGACGUCAGUUCUGUGCGAGACAGGCAGAGCGGCGUGCGCCUGGCGAGACAAAGGCGGCGGACCAGGGAACAGCUAAGAGAAAGAGGUUAGCUAGAUCCAGAUACAGUUUUCGGGAGGUAUGUGCAUUGAAAUGUAGUAGACUACGAACCGAUACGAAAAAUGAUGGGCCGCUAAACGACAUCCGGCUGGAAUAGGUUCUCAUCAAUAGCCUGUCCCUUCUCAUUCGUUUUUAAACAUUUUCUCCAACGCCCCCCAAUUUAGCGAGCUAGCUAGCAUUAGCGCACUGGUCGCCACUCACCAUUCCUUCAAGAAUCAUAAGAGAGGAACUCAAUAAAAUCGGGAGUUGGCCAAAGGAAAAGAGCGCUUUUACAGUCACAGGCGACCCAAGAUCGGAUGUUCUUCCUCGGACUAUGCCUAGCCCCUUAUUCCACCCCGAGAUUAUGGACCACGACAUGGUAGUGAGCAGCCAGCACAACGGGGUCAGCCUGCCCCGAGAGACGGAUCAGGAGUCCCGGGACGAGGGCCAUCAGGAGGCUCUCCGCUUCGCCCUGGACCAGCUGUCACUUAUGGCCCUGGAGAAGGUGGACUGUGGUGGUGGAGGGCACGUUGACCCACUCGACGAGAACCAGGGACCGGUCUCCGAGAAUUGCAACGGCGGUUAUGUCAACCUGCAGUUGCUGGAGCACCCAGGAGGCUCCCGGGAAUCCCCGACGUCCUGCUCCCCGUCUCCAGAGUACUAUGGAUCGGGCGGGUACCACAUGGCUGGCCCGCACUCUCACUCCAUGCUCGGGGAACAAAACUCAAUUAUCUGCAAUCGCAAGAGGAGUGUCAACAUGACCGAAUGUGUACCUGUGCCCAGCUCCGAGCACGUUGCUGAAAUAGUGGGAAGACAAGGCUGUAAGAUCAAGGCACUGCGUGCAAAGACCAACACCUACAUAAAGACCCCGGUGAGGGGCGAGGAGCCCGUGUUCAUCGUGACAGGGCGCAGGGAAGAUGUGGAGAUGGCCAAGCGGGAGAUCGUCUCGGCGGCCGAGCACUUCUCCAUGAUCCGGGCGUCCCGCUGCAAGGCUGGGGCCACAGGCACAGGAGCACCCGGGACGGGGGGAGCAAUCCCAGGACCCCCACACCUGCCUGGACAGACCACCAUACAGGUUCGGGUGCCGUACCGCGUGGUGGGGUUAGUGGUUGGUCCCAAGGGGGCGACCAUCAAGCGCAUCCAGCAGCAGACCCACACCUACAUCGUGACGCCCAGCCGGGAGAAGGACCCUGUGUUCGAGGUGACGGGCAUGCCAGAGAAUGUGGACCGAGCCCGGGAGGAGAUCGAGACGCACAUCACCUUGCGGACCGGGGCCUUCGUGGACCUCCAGGGAGACAACGACUUUCACACCAACGGAACCGACGUUAGCUUAGAGGGCCUGGGCUCGCUGGGUGCUGCUCUCUGGUCUCGGGCAAACAACCACCAUGCUGCCCCUCCACCCCCGCCUCCCCCUCCACCACCGCCACUCCCCCUGGCCAUGCACCACUCAUCUGGGAGGAAGCUGUCCUCCUUGGCCUCCUACCACCAACACAAGGGAGGGAUGGGCUCUGAGAGCUACAGCGCCCCCAGGAGGGCCACAGAGGGAGGCAGCCCCACCAGCCCCUUCAGCACAGGCUCCAGCAGCGCUGGAGGAGGAGGCGGGUUCACCCCUGGCCUCCCCUCUGAGGAGCUGGGCUUUGAGUUCAGCGCCGCCAACAUCUGGGCCCCCUUCGUCAAUGGAGGAGGAGGGAAGGUCCCAGGCUCCUCCCAGCAGCAACCUCUCCGCCGAAACAGCAGCGGCCUGAGUGGAGGCGCCAUCACACCCCGCCUGUCCCCCACCCUGCCCCCCGACACCGUGGUGGGACCCCUGGAUCAUCCGAUGGCCCGCCGGGCCCAGAGCGACCCUCUCAGCGCCCUCUCAUGGCUGCAGUCGGGCGGUACUGGUGCAGGGACCAUCUCUGGAGCAUCUAGCUCCGGAGGCUCAUCCACCGGUUACUCCUCCUGCUCAACCUCCUCCCUGCCCGGAGGCUCUCCCACAGACUCAGAGGGCGGGGGCAGUGGAGUGGGCCUGGCCUCUGGCAUGCUGGGCCGGCUGAAGGCUGCGGCAGGCUCUGGGGCUGGAGGUCUGAUUGGUGUAGGGCCAGGGGGCGGGAGCAGGGACUGUUUUGUGUGCUUUGAGAGCGAGGUGACAGCGGCCCUGGUGCCCUGCGGCCACAACCUCUUCUGUAUGGACUGCGCCGGACAGAUCUGCCAGUCCGCUGAGCCCGAAUGCCCUGUCUGCCACAUCCCUGCCACACAGUGCAUCCGCAUCUUCUCCUAAUGAACCCCCCACCCAAAGACCAGGGAGGGGAGGUGUCAUCUUAAAAAACAUCCCUUUCUUUCCUCUCUGACUAUCCAAGAGAACUGCAGUGGGGCAUCAACUGUGGAGGAACAGACACCAACAACUUUUGCUAAUAGGAUGGGCUAUAAUGAUUACAAUAUUAGAAAUGACACUAUACGGAUGUUGAUUUAAUUAUAAUAACUAUGACAAGAAUAAUGUUAGUAAUAAUAAUAAUGAAUAUUAUUUCCAGACUUGCUGAUUUUGGUUGAUUCUGCAGACUGCAGAAGCAAUUGGGCUGGGAUCAAGAGAUUUCACAGUGGACUUGUGUCUUAUCUUUCUUCAGGCCUUCAUUCUGACCUGGACAAGCCUUCAGGACUGACCUAGCUCAGCCUCUAGGUUGCCUGUCUGUAUAGUUUUCAUUCCGUCGCGUUUUCAGAUAUCUCUGCCUGCUUCUUUCACAAUCCUUUUCCUUUGCCACUUUUGUAAUUAAUAACAGAUAUUUUUCGACGGAGCUGCCUAGACCUGCACCUUUCUGGUUUCUUUCCCAUGUUCUUUGACAGGAUACGAAACACUGAUUUUCUGGUCUUCUCUGUUCUCUCUAACUCUCUCUUUCUCUCAUGCUGUAGUAUAGUGAGGUAAAGGAAAGGCUUUGGGAUUGUGGUAUGAGCCUGGAACUGACUUUGAAACAGUCACAGAAACAGACAUCUAUGAGACCAGGCUGAGGGACCUCAUAGAUGUCAUGAAUGAAGACUGAAACACUUAAGAUAUUUAUACUUUUCAGAAACUGCUAUUCAAUGUCUUGGUUUUAACGACCAGUAUAGGAAUAAUAUAAUAGUUGAAAGUUAUUUAAGAAAUAUCAGAAGUAAUGCCGUAGGUCAGUUACUCAGUCCCCGUUGGUCUGUCUUUCUCUCAAACCCUCUCUUCCUAUCUCCCCUCCCCUCUCUCCUUCAAUAGUUCCAGAGUUGGGCUUUGUUUCUGGUUCGAUUGAAUGAAGCAGAGCCUUGUAUUAAACCCUGCUGUUGUAUUCCAUGUCGAAGGCUCAGCUGACAACAGAAUGUGUAAUUGAAACAAACAUGUCUUGUUUUUGGCUCCAUUCCUCUUUCUUCCCCUUGUGGAGCUCAGUGUAGACACCUAGCCAUCCACAUGACAAACUAAACCCAGUCCACCCAGAUCUUCUAUCUGAUACAGUUUGCUUUGGACAGCUAAAUAUUUUUUAGAUUAGGUUUUGGCUUUUUCACUGUAAACUGUGGCCCGGUUUGCCCCUGACUUCUUUCUGUCUCUGUCUCUCUCUGUGUCUCUCUGUCUUUCUCUCUGUCUUUCUCUGUCUCUCUCUGUCUUUCUCUCUGUCUCUCUCUGUCUUUCUCUCUGUCUUUCUCUCUGUCUCUCUCUGUCUUUCUCUCUGUCUCUCUCUGUCUUUCUCUCUGUUUCUCUCUGUCUCUCUCUGUCUUUCUCUCUGUCUCUCUCUGUCUUUCUCUCUGUCUCUCUCUGUCUUUCUCUCUGUCUCUCUCUGUCUUUCUCUCUGUCUCUCUCUGUCUUUCUCUCUGUCUCUCUCUGUCUUUCUCUGUGUCUCUGUCUUUCUCUGUGUCUCUGUCUUUCUCUGUGUCUCUCUCUUUCUCUGUCUCUGUCUUUCUCUGUCUUUCUCUGUGUCUCUCUGUCUUUCUCUGUGUCUCUCUGUCUUUGUGUGUUGAAGUCCAACAGGAGAAUAUUGGUCUUGGUGAUGUCACACACACAGGAAUGUCUCUGCCAAUAGGGAUCUUGGUUAAGAGGAGGCGGCCCCUGUCCCCAGUAUUAAGGGGAGUCCGAAUGAGCCGUCUCUCUGUGCACUGCAAACCUUGAGCGACACAUUGUAAUGUUUUUAGCCCCCACCUCAAAUCCCCCAGCAAGCUCUUUUUCUCCUAGUCUAACCCCGGAUCACCCUGCCCAAGCGGCAGUGGCAUCCUGGGAGAUAUGUUUUCUGUGUAUUUUCUUUCUAGUAAGUUCACAUCAACUGCCUCUCUCUCCUAUGGUGUUUUUAACUAUGAUGUGGACAGGUUGGUUUUGUGACGGUACGGUUCACAGUUGUAGUAUGUAGCCUUUUGAACGUACGUACGGAUGUAUUCAUAGAAUGAGACAAGCCAUGAUAAACAAGAUUAAAAACAGGGCUUCCUAUGAGCACACACUCCAUGUUCAGGUGUUUAACAUUCUCAUUGGUGACAACAGGGAGAGUAAUCAACGUAUCCAAUAUGGCAGCUAGUAGCUAUUUCAUCCAGGGCUUCCAGACACUAUGUGUUCAAACCCAAACAGCUGCACAAUGUGUUGCUGGUUCUUUUCUCUCCGGUCUACGUCUAUAGAACACUGGUCAACCCUGUUAGUAACGGUCUGUCUCAGUGGUCAACCCUGUUAGUAACGGUCUGUCUCAGUGGUCAACCCUGUUAGCACCGGUCUGUCUCAGUGGUCAACCCUGUUAGCACCGGUCUGUCUCAGUGGUCAACCCUGUUAGCACCGGUCUGUCUCAGUGGUCAACCCUGUUAGCACCGGUCUGUCUCAGUGGUCAACCCUGUUAGCACCGGGUCUGUCUCAGUGGUCAACCCUGUUAGCACCGGUCUGUCUCAGUGGUCAACCCUGUUAGCACCGGUCUGUCUCAGUGGUCAACCCUGUUAGCACCGGUCUGUCUCAGUGGUCAACCCUGUUAGCACCGGUCUGUCUCAGUGGUCAACCCUGUUAGCACCAGUUCUUCUAAUUCACCUCCAUCGUCUGAACAAAUGAACAGAAGGCCCUGUUCCAAUACUUUUCAACUGCAGCCUUCCUUUCUCCCCUCACACCUUGAGGUACUAUUCAGUGAUCUACCAUGUGUGGACAGGUGUUCCCAGCAAUAAGGUCACUUCAGAUCAGUGACUGCCUUCAGGGAGGGAGAAGGAAAAUAUGCAUUUCAAGAGAAUGAACACUUCACAUGGUAUAGGCAGAGCUGAAGCCAAGCUACUUUUAACCAAACCACUUCUGUGUGUUUAAGAUGCCUGAUUAAAUGAGCUAGCCAAGUGAAGAGGACAGCGGCUUGACGUCUUAAUCUGUAAUCUAAUAGUCAACCCUCAUUUAGAUACACUAUCUCCCCCAACCUGAAGGGCCCUCCAUGUCCACAGAUGUGGAGCUAGUAGUCACUGAGGACUCACAUUUCACUGAUGACUACUCUGAUGAUGCGUUGGUGCAAACUUGCUACUGACACAGAUACUGUUUGUAGAAAAAAGGAACGGCCAUGUAGGGCAGCACAGGGGCACAGCCUCCCCUCUCCAGCUCCUCUUUUAGGAAUGAACUGUACAACCCUGACCGCCCCGUGGUCUUUCUCUCUCCCCUCAACGUGAGAGUGAUGGAUCUGUGUAAACUGGCAACCCGUCCCUGCUGGGCUUGAUGUCAAACGUUUAGUUGUCUCUGCUCCUGCAGACAAGUUAGGUGCAAGGGAGGACGUGACCAUGUCUUUAAAGGAACAGCUAUACUGAGUGUUUGUGUGAAUCUCCUUUAGUGUUAAAUGGAGGCCAAUUUUAAAAGGGCCCCUUUUUUCCAGAACUGCCCAUGACUUCUGUCACUUAAUGUCCAUAGUUGAAUUUGCCAGGUGGUUCUGGUGUAGGAUCUGGUCUGGUUGUUUCACUAGCAAACUCUUUACCCAUAGUCCAGAGUGUUAUGGUCAUGUACAGUAACAAACAGCUAAAAGGUACAGAAUAUUCUCAUAUUCUGCAGAUGUAUUUUUUUCUGAACUUAACCUCGCCCCUCUCCUUUAGGUUUGAAAACAGGGUUUAUAGAGGCUCGUUGAGGAAUGACCUCUGACCUUUUUGUGACAGAGGAGGGCCCAGAGAGCGCCACGCCCAUCUGGGCAAGCCGCUCCCCCUGAAACUCUGCCUUUCUAUUUUGCUUUAAUUCUUUUUGUAUGCAGAACCAAAAUGUUACGUCAGCAAACAAGGUUUCAGGCCUGACUUGUAUGUAUAUACCCUGAAUACAAUCAAUGGGAUCUCGUUUUUAAAAAAGUUACCAGACUUAAGUAAUGAAGUUAAGUGUAGUUUUUAAAAACAUGUAUAAUUAUUUGUAAGUUAACCAUAUGCAUGUCUUCAAGCCAUCAGGCAUUAGAGGGGGAAAACUUUUUACACAUUUUUAUUUUUACAAUUUAUUUGCUUACCUAAAUAUCCCAGACAAUAAUGUGACCCUUUUUUUAUUACUUCAAAAUGAUUUUUUAUUUACAAUAUUUUUUCCUUUAUUUCCUGUGUACUACAUAUAGCCAAUUUUAUAACAAAAUGAGAAAAUUAUUGAAUAAAUUUUUAAAUUGAAAUAUAUUUUAUUUGAAAGUUUAUGGACCUUUUAACCGUGAGCCAGAACAAUUCUAUACGCAUAUCAUUUGAGCUGACUUGACGGUUAUGAGAAAUGUAUCAAGAGUUUUAUUUUUUAUGCUUCUUUAAUAAAAUCUUGUUUUUGGUUUCUUUUUUUACUGUAAAACAAUAA